GCGAGGCUCUGCUGACAGGAGGGCGCACGAGACAGAAGAAGACGAGAAGUUGCUGCAGAGGCUGAGCGCGCGGAGAGCUUGUUCGCAGACAGAGGCGGGACACACGCACGCGCUAUGGGACUAACUGUUGAUCUGUGAGAGAAGAAGCAGCGCGCGCACAGUUUCAGCUUCGCUCGCGUCUCAAAGCAGCUGAAAUCUCUUUGUAGUUUUUGUAGUUUCUGCUUCAGACAACAGAUUUUCUUUGUUUGUUUGAGAAAUAUUGUGAAUUUUAAAUACUGAGUCAGGAAAAAGCGGCAUCAUGAAGUUUCUGCUUUUUCCCGUUUUAAUGGCUCUCAUCGCCAUCAGCCAAGUUUUUUGUGAAGAUGACCCCCAAGAAGGGACCGACUACUGGACAAGCAGUAAUCAGAUUCAGGACGGCUGGCUCUCCAGCGACCCAUUCAGAGAAAUCCUCCUGAGGAAGACGAGAAAGCCGCGGCCACACCAGUUCAUCGGCCUGAUGGGGAAGCGCUCCAUGGCAAACUCACAGAUUACCCGCAAAAGACAUAAAAUCAACUCAUUUGUUGGACUGAUGGGGAAAAGGAGCCAAGAAGAGCCAGGAUCCUUCGAGUGGAGCACGUUACAGACGUACGACCAGCGGCGCUGAGCCUGCUUCUCAUCUCAUCAUUCCUCACCCGUUCAAAGGCGGGUACUGAUGCUGGCUUUUUCUUUUCUCCAGACUGUGUAUAGCUGUUAGUUGAAUAAACAUGAUUGUUUCCACAUUGUAGUGAUGUAGCGCUGCUCCGUCUCUGUUGUCCCAGCAGCAGCUUCACUGGGACCGUUUCAUUGUCAUUGUUAAGUGGUUUCUGUGAGUUUUCCACCAUCUGCCAAGCCACAAAGACCAAAUGUUGUUGUGGGCCAUCAAAGCAAGGCUACGCCCAAGGGUUUGCUGAAAACUGCCAACUUCUCUGCAUAGUGCCUCGUAACUGUUUAACUGCAGCUGUUCUCGGGUUCAUUUUGGCUUUUGAGUGAUUUAGAAAAGCUGUCAUGUUCUCCACCUGCACAUAUGGUGUCUUAGGACAGUAAAUCUGUUUAUUUUAGCCAUUAAAAUUAUUUUCUUUACUGGUUAAA